AUGCAUAGGAUGCGACGGUCGACCGCCUUUGCUGAGCCCGUGAGCUUUCAUACUGUAAUGGCAAGACAAGGCACUGGAAGUAAAGGAGAACGAGAGGUCGAGAUUCAGUUCACAAAUAUGCAGCUUAUUGGAACUGGGUCAUUUGGAGCAGUAUACAAAGCCGUACUUCGUGAAAAUGAUGAACCAAUUGCUAUUAAAAAAGUCAAAGUUGAUGAUAGAUUCAAGAGUCGUGAAUUGACAAUCAUGCAUGAAAUGGACCAUCCAAACAUUAUCAGAUUACUGUACUACUACACCAUGCAGCAAGAAAACUGCCUCAACUUCGUAAUGGAGUUCAUGCCGAAAGAUCUGGCCUAUGUCCACCGCCAAUUCGCUCAUAAUGACAAACAGAUGCCAGCCUCAGCCAUAAAACUCUACAUGUUCCAACUUCUUCGUGGAAUUGGCUUCCUUCAUCUGCAUAACAUUGUUCAUCGUGACAUAAAACCAAAAAACCUUCUUGUUGAUGAGGCUAAUGGAAUCUUGAAGAUUUGCGAUUUUGGAUCUGCAAAGCGGCUCUCCAAAAAUGAGCCUAAUAUUACAUACAUUUGCUCAAGAUAUUACAGAGCUCCAGAACUGAUCUUUGGAUCGAAGGACUAUGACACAUCUAUUGAUACCUGGUCCGUUGGAACUGUUGUAGGGGAAUUGCUCCACAACUGCCCAAUAUUCCUGGCUGAUUCUGCAAUUGACAUUCUUGCCCUUCAAAUCAAGGCAUUUGGCACACCAUCAAAAGAAGACAUGACCAAAUGGAAUUACGAAUUUGUCCACAUCCCAUAUGACACAAUAACAGGUGUCGGAAUCCAAAAGUUCAUUGGCCGCAAACUCUCCCUCUCCACUCUGGAACUCCUCAAUAGCUUACUCAAAAUGGAUCCGAAACUUCGUAUCAAACCGUAUCAUGCCUUGACUCUUCCAUACUUCGACGAUCUUCGUGAUCCCCAUUACAAACUGCCCAGUGGUGCUCCAGCGCCUCUGCUCUUCGAUUGGCUCGAGAAAGAGUAUAUUGCCAACCAUGAGAUAAUUAAAGACAUUUUUCCUCGAAGUGAGGAGGGCGACAAAGUUGAGUGUUUGUAA